AUAGGAGAGAGACGGUUCAAACAAAAACGGCAAAAAGUGUGGCAGCUACCUUUUUUCCCCUUUAGCGUGAAGAAGCGACGAAAAAGGGAGUGAGAGAAGAAGAAGAAGAGCAGAAACGACGGAGAAUUCCUGGAUUUCGAUCUUCUUAUUGAUUCUGAUAGUUUCUGUACUUUCCAUGGCGACGGAGCGUCCUUCCUUUGAGCUCGCUAAAGGCAUCAAUGGGCUCGACAAAAUCGUCCUCCGCGAGUCUCGCGGCCGCUCCGCCGAGGUGUACUUGUAUGGCGGUCAUGUGACUUCUUGGAAGAAUGAGAACGGAGAGGAGUUACUUUACCUCAGUAGCAAGGCUAUAUUCAAGCCUCCAAAACCAAUCCGUGGAGGGAUUCCACUAUGCUUUCCACAAUUCAGUAACCUUGGUACACUCGAAUCACAUGGAUUCGCUAGAAACAGGAUAUGGGAAGUUGAUGCUAAUCCACCUCCUUUGCCAUCGAAUUCUUCUUCUAAUGGCUUCGUUGACCUGAUCCUAAGGCCAACUGAAGACGAUCUGAAGACAUGGCCUCACAAUUUUGAGUUCAGGCUGAGGGUAGCUUUGGGAUCUGAAGGAGAAUUGACACUGACAUCUCGUAUCAGGAACACCAACUCUGAUGGAAAGCAAUUUACAUUCACAUUUGCUUACCACACCUAUUUCUCUGUCUCGGACAUCAGUGAAGUACGGGUUGAAGGAUUGGAGACGCUGGAUUAUCUAGACAACUUAAAGAACAGAGAACGUUUUACCGAACAAGGCGAUGCUAUAACUUUUGAAUCUGAAAUUGACAAAAUCUACCUAAGCACUCCUACAAAGAUUGCUAUUCUGGACCACGAGAAAAAGAGGACUUUCGUUGUUCGCAAGGACGGGCUUGCUGAUGCUGUGGUGUGGAAUCCUUGGGAUAAGAAAUCAAAGUCGAUCUCUGACUUGGGAGAUGAAGACUAUAAGCAAAUGCUUUGUGUUGAAGCUGCAGCUAUCGAAAGACCAAUCACAUUGAAGCCCGGAGAAGAAUGGAAAGGAAGACUCGAGCUCUCUGCGGUUCCUUCUAGCUACUCCAGUGGACAGCUUGACCCCAAAAAAGUCCUCCAGUGAAUCUUUCAUACUUCCAAAAAAAUCAUCCUUCUUUCUCCUCUCUCUCUCUUAGUUAAUUGCAGUACUAUGAAGAGAAACGAGUGAAGAAAGGCGUGAAGAUAAGCAUCGGAUUAUACUACAAAAAUAAAUUGAGAUGGAAUAAAAAAAAAAAUGGUACUUCUUAGUUCUCCUUUGUGAUCACAGACCUAACUAUUUGCGGAUCAAGACAAGAAACUAGCACCGGAUUA